AGGUACACAGGCAGGUCACUGUGGCAGAGGAGUGGGAUCACCCGAGGUGCGGAGUCCCAACCAGUUGCAGUCCUCAGGAUCACCCCACCAGGAGGUGAGCAAGCGGAGGUCCUGUAGCGUAUAAGCAGGUAAGGAUCAAACGGAAGUAUGGUCAGUAAACAAGCCAAGGUCGGUAAUGAGCAGUCGCAGGUUGGGAUCAAGCAGAAGCGUAGUCGAGAACAAGCCAAGGUCGGUAAGGAGCAGUCACAGGUUGGGAUCAGGCAGAAGCAUAGCCGAGAACAAGCCAUGGUCGGUAAGGAGCAGUCACAGGUUGGGAUCAGGCAGAAGCGUAGUCAAGAACAAGUCAAGGUCGGUAAUGAGCAGUCGCAGGUUGGGAUCAGCAGAAGCAUAGUCGAGAACAAGCCAAGGUCGGUAAGGAGCAGUCGCAGGUUGGGAUCAGGCAGA